UAAUGUUGCAUCUUCCUACUAGCAAGAAAAGGGUUUCCCUAGCCAUGCUUCAUACUGCCCUCUUAUUUGCACUCAUCACAGCACAACUUUGCAUAACCAUCACAUACAAAUGCAACGGCAACCCAAUCCCUGAGUUUCCGGCCAUUCUUGUAUUUGGUGACUCGUCGGUCGAUACCGGCAACAACAACUACAUAAUCACUCCAUUCAAAGGCGACCACCCGCCUUAUGGCCUAGACUUCCCCGGCAGCCUUCCAACAGGCCGGUUUUCUAAUGGAAAACUCGUACCCGACAUAUUGGCAGCUAUGAUGGGCCUCAAAGAAACUAUUCCUCCAUACUUGGACCCCUAUUUAUCGGAGCAAGAUAUGGUUACUGGAGUCAGCUUUGCAUCGGCUGGGUCCGGGUACGACGACCUAACGACGUCACUUUCCCAUGUAAUCCCCAUGUCGAAGCAGCCCGGGUACUUGAAGCACUACAUUAGGAGGCUUGAGGGCAUUGUAGGCGAAAAAGAGGUUGCAAGAAUUCUGGGCAGUGCUCUAGUUAUUGUUAGUGCUGGAACCAAUGACUUCAUUUUCAAUUUCUAUGAUGUGCCCACCAGAAGGAUUCAAUUUACCAUUGAUGAGUACCAAGAUUUCCUGCAAAAGCAGCUGCAAAACCUCGUUAAGGAACUUUAUCAUCUAGGGUGCCGUAGAAUGGUGGUAUCAGGGCUCCCUCCAGUGGGCUGUCUGCCAAUACAGAUGACGGCCAAAUCUCCAGUUCUGAGGAGUUGCAGUCAUAAGGAGAAUGCGGAUGCUAAGUCUUAUAAUGACAAACUUGAAAAGCUGCUGCCGCAAAUUGAGGCAGAGCUUCUCGGAAGCAAAAUCCUUUACGUUGACACCUACAAUCCUCUCUUGGACAUGAUCAACAACCCAACCAAGUAUCAAUUUGUUGAAACCAGACGAGGAUGCUGCGGGACUGGAUUGCUGGAAGCUGGACCUCUCUGCACUCGCUCAACUCCAGUGUGCCCAAAUCCCUCCGGCUACUUGUUCUGGGAUAGCAUUCAUCCCACUGAAUCGGCCUACACGAUUCUCUCUCAGAAACUGGCAGACCUGUUGCUUCAUGAGUUCCCGGUCACUCGGACACAGUAAGUGACAUUCGUUCAAAGCUCACCUCCAGGAGUGCUCGAACAAGAAGGCCAUGAUCAGCUGCACAGUUUCAGAAUUAUGCUCAUGAAACUUUCAACGUCAGAAUCGCUCGGUGCCCUUUGAAUCGUUAUGUUCGUAUUGUAUGCUUAACGAUGUUGUGAG